CUCCGAUUCGUCCGACGCACAUGGCACCGCCUGCGAUUCUGUGCCAAACCGUCCGGCACGUGCGGCUGCCACCUCUGCUGCUCUCAAUUGGUACCUUAGCCUCGUUGGGUUCCCCAGCGUUGUCUGUACGUAUAAAAAAAGAAGUGGUGCUGGCUUAUCCUUCGAAUUCAGGCUGUCUUGUUCUCUUUGCGUUCUCCUAUUUUCCUCCCCAUUCGUCCUUGGCACCGGAGGGGUUUCGCUUGUCCUCACGUUCAGCGGCCAUGUAUCCCGUCCUUUCGCUUCCGGCUUUGCUGCUGGCGUCGCGUGCCUUGGCCGCGCCGGUGCAGCCCACGCCUUAUGACGUCUCGUCGACCAUGCAGAACAUCCUCGCGAACACGGACGGCAGCAACCUCUAUACAUAUCCCACCGAUCUGACCAGAGGCAUCGUCCCGAAAGCGUUUCAUUCGCACAACGACUACUGGAGGGACGUGCCGUUCUAUACUGCCAUUGCCAAUGGCGCCGUGUCGGUCGAGGCCGACGUUUGGCUUAUCAACGGAACUCUCUACGUCGGCCACGAAAUCAGUGCACUGACGACAGCCCGCACUCUGCAAUCGCUGUACCUGGAUCCCAUCAUGGACACGCUCAAGCGCCAGAACCCGACCACCCGGUUCGUGGAUGGCUCGACGACAAAGAACGGCGUCUUCGACACCAGCAGCGGCCAGACCGUGUAUCUCUGGAUCGACCUCAAGACCGACGGACCGUCCACGCUGCCGGCCGUGCUGUCGGCGCUGGAGCCGCUCUACCAGGCGGGCUACCUGACGACGACGAACGGCAAGACGGUCAAGAGCGGGCCCAUCACGGCGAUCGGGACGGGCAACACGCCGCAGUCGUACUUUGUGCCCACGGACCCGGCCAGCGCCGACAAGCCGCGAUACAUCUUCUUCGACGCGCAGCUGGCGACGCUGAACGAGACCGCCAACGCGGCCAUCACGCCGCUCAUCACGCCCAUCGCCUCGGCCCAGUUCAGCGCCCAGGUCGGCACGGUCGUCAAGCAGAAGCUCAACGACACGCAGCUGGCCACGCUGCGCAGCCAGAUCGGCUACGCCAAGAGCAAAGGCAUCGGCGCCCGGUACUGGGACACGCCGGGCUGGCCGAUUGGGACGCGCAACGCCGUCUGGAGGACGCUGUUGGACGAGGGCGUGGCACUGCUCAACGCCGACGACGUGUACGCCAUCGCUGCGUUCUGGGAAGCGAGCGGCUGAGACGUCGGCGAAGAGGUGCCAGACGCGCACACGCGCGUCUGUGCAACGAGAAGAAAUAGAAAGAUGUAGAAAAAGGAAGAGAGAGGGGGAGAGAUCAAAAGAGCUUAGAGGGCUCACAAAUCAUUUGUAUAUAGACUUCUUCUUCUUCUUCUUCCUGACGGCCUAGUGCCAGUCAACGAAUGUGUAAUCUUACGCACGCUACGCUGUUACCACGUACAUGGAAACAGCAGUGUGAUACAGGGGUUUGAACAGGUCAAGACGAGACAUCCAAAAGAAAAGUGUGAACGGUAUGAUAGGUCUCGAGUAAUGCAUGCUGUAUGUGCAGGUCGUCUCGGUGUACUCCCAUCUAAGCCCAACGAAGGUCGGCAAGUGCUCUCUAGUGAGUCAUCGCAAAGUCAAGACGUCGAAUGUGAAAGUCUCGCACAAGAAGAAAAAAAAA